AAAAAAAAACGCAGAAAGUAAAAAAUAAUUCUUUCUUCUCUCCUCAAAAUCAACCAUUCAAUCAUUCCAAGGAGAGAUCGCUUCAGUCUCUCUGCAACAUUCGCGACCCUGUGUAGAGAAGAACGAAGAUAAGGCAUGGGUGAGAAUCUAGGUUUACAAAGGGGUGUGAAAGAAGUUCUUCGUUUAUUUUCAAAUUCUUGUUUCCUCUAUCUGCUGGGUUUUGGUUAUCGAUGACUAGUUGUUUUUUUUCUUGGUUGACCUAUCAUCACUUUGGACAGCAAGGUUGGAGUAGAUUUGGCACUUCUUUUGCUGAAGUACUGAUUCCGUACUGUUGGAACUUGAAAUUCACAAGCUUGGUGCAAGGAUCCCAUUUUAUUUUGUGGCUAUGGCAACUAAUGAGAAUCUUCCACCAAAUGUAAUAAAGCAACUUGCAAAGGAGUUGAAGAAUCUUGAUGAAUCUCCACCAGAGGGCAUUAAAGUUGGAGUAAAUGAUGACGAUUUUUCAAACAUAUAUGCUGAUAUCGAAGGCCCAGGUGGGACUCCAUAUGAGAAUGGCGUUUUCCGAAUGAAGUUGUUACUUUCUCACGACUUCCCACACUCACCUCCUAAAGGAUAUUUUUUAACUAAGAUUUUCCAUCCAAACAUUGCUUCAAAUGGUGAGAUAUGUGUCAAUACAUUGAAAAAGGAUUGGAACCCAAGUCUUGGAUUACGACAUGUUCUCCUUGUAGUCAGGUGUUUAUUGAUUGAACCAUUUCCAGAGUCAGCCUUGAAUGAACAGGCUGGCAAGAUGCUGCUUGAAAACUAUGAGGAGUAUGCCAGACAUGCCAGGCUUUAUACUGGAAUUCAUGCUAAGCCAAAACCCAAGUUUAAAUCAGGGGCAAUUUCGGAGUCAACUACUGUACUGAAUGUUGAUCAAACCAAUGCCUCCAUCCUCAAAGUCGACCAGAAGACCAGUGCAAAUGGUGCUGUAUUGCCACCGCCAUCACCAUUGGCCCCUUCGACUACAGUCAGCAAAGUAGGAAAUAACCAUGAUCAGCUAGCGACUGCAGUUCCAACGUCUGAGACAGGAAUUAGUGGAUCUGCUGCCGCCCUGGCCCCAAUGACCACAAUGCAGAAAAGGGAUGGUGCGGUAACAAAACUGCCAGCGGACAAGAAGAAAAUGGAUGCAAGAAAGAAAAGCUUGAAGAGAUUAUAGUUUUCUUGAAUAUGAUUUGAGCUUCCCUCAUGGAACACUUUCUUUUCCUUUUUGUUGAUGAAAGGGGGGGAAAGCAUAAUCAUUGUAGUCGGGAGAUAGUGGAUACAUUUUCCUUGCCUAAAGAAAUGAUGGAUCUGAUUCUCCUUACCCCAUUAAUAAAAUUUGCAUUGUCCCUGA